AGUUUACGGAAAAUAUUCUCCUUACGCAUGAGAGGAUGAGAUAGAGUUGCGCAUGUGGUCUGACACUAAUUUCUAGUUCGAAGUUUCAACAGUUCACUCCAUCUAAAAAUAUUGCAGGCACGAAAUGCCAUGUGUACAUCUACGUGACGCUUACGUUUAGUCAAAUAUAUAGUAAAUGGCAAUAAGUUUCCCGUUCCCGCGGCGGUGGUGGUGACGUUGGUCGUUGGUCGUUGCCUCGUUGCUAAGAAGCAACCGGUAGUGAUGCAUAAAUCUGUUAGUUUGUCUUCGAUCGAUCUUCAUUCUUCUUCUUGCGAUAGAGUGAGAGAUGCAACUGAUAGUAAUAUGCGAUGUCAAACACACGUUCCAGAGCAGCCUCAUCGUCUUCAUCGUUGUAGGAGCAGUGGCUGCAACAGCAUUUUAUUACGUCAACAUGGAAGAACAAGGCACCGUUCCCACAGUAGUUCUAAGUCCUAAUGUCUAUGAUUCACUGGAUGGCUGUGAUUUUUUCUCCGGGAAAUGGGUACAUGACAACGAUUCAUACCCUCUAUACGAAGAACUCGAAUGUCCAUACAUUACUGGUGACUUUGCGUGUCAACAACAUGGUAGAAUGGAUUCCAGGUAUCAACAAUGGAGAUGGCAACCUCAUGGGUGUAACCUUCCAAGGUUUGAUGCCAAAGAAGUUCUUGAGAGGCUAAGGGGGAAAAGGGUAAUUUUCGUUGGAGAUUCGGUAAAUAGAAACCAGUGGGUGUCAAUGGUAUGUAUGCUUCAGAAGGUCAUCCCUCCUGAGCUCAAGGAGAUGCGCAAAAUUCGACAUGUGUCCUUACGCACCUUCAAGGCAAUUGAAUAUAAUGUUUCUAUCGACUUUUAUUGGGCUCCAUUGUUGGUGGAAUCUAAUGCAGACCAUCCAUUAAAACAUAAAACAAAUGAUCGUAUGGUUCACAUUGAAUCCAUCGAAAAACAUGCUAAAUAUUGGGUUAAUGCAGAAGUAUUGGUUCUUAACUCAUAUCUCUGGUGGAAGAUGCCUACAUUCAAAAUCUUGAAUGGAUCACUUGGAAAUUCUACACAUUAUGAUGUAGUAAGCAACCAUCAUGGUUACAAUAUGGUUAUCAAAGUGUUAUCUAAAUGGUUACAUGAUCAUGUAAAUCACACAAGGACUCAAUUAUAUUUCAUGAGCAUGACUGCAACACAUCAUAGUGGCACAGAAUGGGGCACGAAAGAUGAUCAGAAUUGCUUGAAUGAAACAGAUCCAAUAACGACAGAUAGGUUUUGGGAAAGUGAGUCGGAUUUAAAGCUGAUGAGAAUAUUACAAUUAUCGCUAAAUAAAUUGAAAGAAAAGGGGGUGAAUGUACAAGUGGUGAAUAUAACACAUCUAACACAAUAUAGAAAAGAUGCACACCCUUCUAUUCAUAGGUUGUAUAAUUAUCCUUUAACAACAACACAACUAGCCAACCCAUCAAGUUAUGCAGACUGCACACAUUGGUGCCUUCCUGGUGUCCCAGAUGUUUGGAAUGAGUUACUUCUAACUUACAUUCUUGGCAAGCAUAAAUAAUUUAGAAUUAUUAAUGGAACAGCAUAAAUAAUUUAGAAUUAUUAAUGGAACAGUAUUGUGAGUGAACUUAUUUAUGUUUAAUUUAAUUAUCAUGAAUUAUAAGUAUAAUCAAUGUUGAAUUAAUGCCAAUAUGAUCAACAUACAAUAUAUAAUGGCAAGACUAUAUGUAAAAGAGUUCCAUCUAACUCACUUAUUGCUUCAGGAAAUAUUCCUUUACCCUUC